CAAAAAAGGACGGGAACGAGAGAAUAAAGCAGGAAAAAAAAAAUAAUUAAGGAAAAGCCUCAUCUAUCUUUCCUUCAAACCUUCCCUUUAAUUCUCUUUGCUUUUCCUUUCUUUGCUCUGGUACUCUGUUAGUGUGAUUCUCCACCUUAUUUUCCUUCCUAAAUACCCAUCAACCUUUAUAAAAGAAAAAGAAGAAGAAGAUCAAAACCAUGGUGUUCUCUUCAGUUCCAUUCUAUUUAGAUCCUCCCAACUGGCAGCAGCAGCAACCAAGUCAACAACCUAGAGCAAGCAAUGAAAGCCCCCAGCUUCCACCUCUUCCUCCACCAACACAUGUUGGUGGUAGUGGCACCGCUGGCUCAAUCAGACCUGGUUCGAUGGCUGAUCGAGCUCGGUUGGCCAAGAUACCUCAGCCUGAGGUAGCUCUAAAGUGCCCAAGGUGUGAAUCUACCAACACCAAGUUUUGUUACUUCAAUAACUAUAACCUCUCUCAGCCCCGCCACUUUUGCAAAACCUGUCGGCGAUACUGGACUAGAGGGGGUGCCCUUAGAAGUGUUCCUGUGGGUGGUGGAUGCCGUAGAAACAAGAAAAGAAAAGUCCAAAGUAGCUCCAAGUCUCCAGUUUCGAGUGAAAGGCAAGUGGGUUCAACUUCCAGUUCCACAAGUGCACUUCCAUCACAGGUUAUUGGUCAUUUGCCUCAACAACAAUCUCAAUUACCCUACAUGACCUCACUGCAUAACCUGGCUCAAUUCGGCGAGGGAAACAUUGGGUUAAACUUUGGUGGAAUUCAGGGACAGUUGGGAUCAACAAGUGGUGCUAGUGGACAGACUGACAUGGGGUUUCAGAUAGGAAGCAACUCAGGAAUGAAUAGCAGUGCUAUUUUAUCAGCUGGAGGAGAGCAUCAAUUUCCUUUCUUUGAGUUUUCACCCGCAGGUUUAUAUCCACUUCAAAGUGACGGUGCUGAAACUCCGAUUAGUGUUAAUGGGGACAACCAGCUUCAAUCUAUGACUCCAAGCUCUAGGGUUUCUCAGUUAGCUCCAGUGAAGACAGAAGGAAACCAAGGGUUAAAUUUAUCGAAGCCAUAUUUGGGUGUCCCACAAAAUAAUCAGUACUAUUGGGGUGGAAAUACCUGGGCAGAUUUAUCAGGUCUCAAUUCUUCUUCCACUAGCCAUCUCUUAAGAUAGAUAUUGACCUCUUGAUUGAAAGGAAACGAUUAUCAGCACCAUGAAGCAUAUUUCUAAACCAUCAGUCAGUAAUUGACACAAAGUUGCAUGCAUCUUCGACUGAAGUACUGCCUUGACUUGCAAGUUCCUACCCAAUGGAGAACCUAUCUGAUGAUCAGUAUUAUGGUGGUCAGAUUGAGAACCAAUAAUUGGUAGAACAAUUUGUUAUAAAUUGUAAUUUUCUAUUUACCUUUGUUUGGGGAUCUGUAUUGUAUGGCUUGUUUACAAGUUAAGCGUGUGAGGUCAUGGGGUUUAAUUUGUGAUAAGACAUGCUGAGUUAUUAUAACAAUAACUUGUUUUCCUUUUA